AUCUAGCCAAGGGCUGACCCCCAUGGUGGGGCUGGGGGACUGCUCAAUUGUCUGGUGUCAAAAAUCCUGUUGCAGAUAGAUUGUUGGCACGCGGCAUCAUUUUAUAGGACUACUAUCUUCCAUCCCAUCCAAAUAUGCGGAUGUCAGCAACUCAACCUUCACCAAGGCUCGGCCCAGCUCGCCUCACCUGUGUGGCGGGAGGAGGCUGUUGCAUACAGUACGCUCUCCCUCUCCUUCAUGGCUCCGGCCCUGACCUCCAGCUCCUUCACCUCCAGCUCCUUCCGCCUAUCCUCUGGUCUCGGUGCCAAAACCGAAUCCAAGGUGGCUCCGAAGGCAGCGUCCGUUAUAUAUGCUAGGCAGAACCUGUUUGGGUUCGGAAAGCGGAAGAAGGGCGCAUCCGAAGACGAGACCCAGGCCGAGCAGGGAUCUGCAAAGCCCAACCGUUUCUUCAUCGAUUUCGGCAAGCUUGGAGACGCCAAGUCCGUCAUCCCGGUGGUGAGCUCUCCAUCCACGUCUCUCUUUCUCAGCCCGAGGCGAAAGGAUCCGCGAACGGUGUUCGUUGCGGGUGCCACGGGACAAGCGGGCGUCCGCAUCGUCCAGACUCUCCUCCGUCAAGGCUUCGCCGUCCGGGCCGGCGUCCCCGACCUCCCCUCCGCCCAAGACCUCGCCCGCAUCGCUGCUACCUACAAGGUCAUCGCGCCGGAGGAGUCGAAGCGGCUCAACGCGGUGGAGUCGACGUUCGAGGAGCCGGAGCCCAUCGCCAAGGCCAUCGGCCCCGCCACCAAGGUGGUGGUGACCAUCGGCCCCGCCGAGAAGGGGCCCUCCGCGGAGGUCACCACCAACGACGCCCUCCAGGUCGUCCGCGCCGCCCAGGUGGCCGGUGUGGGCCACGUGGCCGUGGUCUACGACUCGGCGACCGGGAUAUCAGGGCCGUCCACCUACGACGUCCUGGACGGGAUCACGUCCUUCUUCUCCAACCUCUUCGCUCGGUCCCAGCAGCUGACGCUGGGAGAGUUCCUCUCCAAGGUGGCGGAGACGGACGUGAGCUACACCCUCAUCAAGACCUGCCUGACCGAGGACUACGCCGCGGAGAGCUCCCAUGCCUUGGUCGUCUCCAAGGAAGGGACCAGCGCGGGAGCACCGACCAAUUCCAGGGUGGCGAGAUCGCAGAUUGCUACCCUCGUCGCCGACGUUUUCUCCAAUACUUCGAUCGCGGAGAAUAAGGUUGUUGAAGUCUCUACCAACCCAUCUUCAACCUCAAAGCCAAUAGUUGAUCUUUUCAGCGCCAUUCCUGAAGAUGGAAGAAGAAAAGCGUAUGCAGAAGCUCUGGCAAAGGCGAAGGCAGAGGAGGAAGCCAUAAUAGCCUCAGAGAAAGCUCGCGAAGCAGCAGAGGCUGCUAAGAAGGUUGAAGAAGAGAUGAAGAAAUUGUCAGAGAAAGAAGCUCAGGCUGCUAGCGUCGCCGAAAAAGCUCGAGAGAGAGCAGAGGCAGCAGGGACUUCACUGGACGAACUCUUGAGUAGGGCGAAGGGAUUUGGUGCAGACUUCUCGUGGGGGAAACUGAGUUCGCAAGUAGCGACUGCAGUUUCUCAGAAGACUGAGGACAAACCAAAAACACAAAUUGCCACCAUCAGAGGCCAGGCCAAGGCUCGAAAUCUGCCCCCACAGAAGGCAGUCAUAAAGCAACCAGCACAGAAACCAAAACCUAAGCAGCCAGAUGGCCCCGAAAAAAAACCAGAGGUGAGGAACGUGUUUGGUGGCCUUUUUAAGCAAGAAACAAUUUACAUGGAUGAUGACUGAGUCUCGCAGAGUUUUUGUUCAGAAUUGCAUGGCAUGCGUCUUUUGAAACUAUUGAGGGACUUGUUGAAAGCCUAUUAACAUCCUUUUCUUUUCCUUUUUUUUCUUGAAUUGAAGAUCUUCCUCGAAAACUGUGUAAAAUGAAUUAUUUCUUGCCCACCA